CUAUUUAUUCUUUUUUUCGUCGUCCUUCAUCCUCAUUUUCACUGGCAGCGCCUCUCCAGCGCGAACUUCAUGAAGAUCUUUUACCAACUGGACGCCGGCACGUCUUGCUACCCGACCAGCAACACUGCGAGGUCCAAGAUCCCAAAGCUGAGCAGCGGCUAGAGAUGUGUGCCCAGCAGCAAAUAAGGCGUGGUGAGCUGCUUCCGAAGCUUCAUCUCCGUACUUUAUCUUGACACUUUGAACGGUCACCUCCGAGUACAGCAGAUUGCUCCAGUCACGAGUCCACCACCACUGCCUUUACCCAAAGUUUUCUCCGCACCACUUGCUAAUGACUUCCCAAUAGAUAUUCCCACAUCUCCAAUUUUGUCCACUAGAAAUACAUUUUGA